AUAAUUGUCAAGGUUGUCCUGCAAACAAAAAAUGGCAGUCGUGUUGAAGUAUAUGCGAACCAAGGAAUUUCGAGACUGGAUAACGAGGUAUUUUUAUGUUAUUUUUGGUUAUCUCAAGCAAUUAAAUAAUGUAAUUCUUAAUCUUAACAAAUGCACGUUUAAUGCGGAAUAAUAGUUUUUGCGUAUGAUAGAUUCUGGUCGAGUGUUUUGAGCUGACCUUUCGACUUCGACACUUACACUUCGUUCGUAUUUCAACUAUUUGGCAAACUUUGUACUUUAUACUUUAUUGCCUUUAUUUUAUAUCUUUCUUAUUCUUAAGCUAGUAACUUGGCUUAACUCUCUACUAGUAUUAUUUAUUACAUUUUUGUUGUUGUUAUAACUAAAAAUGUUAAAGUUUCUCAACUUGCAGCAGCAGAAACUUUAAUCAUUUAAUUUAAUGUUUUUGUUUUAAUUUUUUAGCCAAUUUUUUUUGUUUGAGAAUAGACUUAGACUUUAGACUCUAUUGGUCUAUUGUCUCUAUCACUCUAUUUAAUUUACUCACAAAACUAAAACUAUUUGAAAAAUUUGAGGUAUUUGAAUUUGGUCAAAACUAAUCCUGCAUAUUUUAGUACUUCUAGGCCUUACUCACCCUUGCCCUUGAUUCAGUUAUUAAUUUAAACUCAUCAAAACCACUUUAAAAGAAGCUCUACUGGCUCUACCAGCUGGAUUAGAAGAUUUGAUUUUGAUAUUAACAUUAAUAUUUAUAGAACAUAAUUUUUAAAAUGUAGGCCUAUUAUACUAUAUUUUAUAAAGAUUAAAUUAUAGAAUUUAAAUUCCAGUAUCUAAAUUCAAACUAUGGUCGAUUCAUACUAAUUGUGCCAUGUCAUUUCAUGUUUUUUCUUUUUAAAUUUUGUGUUUUGAAUUCACUCCCUUUGUUGUUGUACCUAGAGUUAAAUUUUCCUUAAUAUUACAAUGGAAUGUUUUGAACUAAACAUGGGUCCCUUUAGACUAAAUGCUAUUCGGAUGUCAUUUGUGUUCAUUUAUUUUAAUUAAACUGAAGAAGUAAGGUUACAAACAUAGUCCAUUUAAUCUUUCAUUUGGUACCAAAAUUUGUCUUACAAACCCAACAAUAAUAUUUAAAAUAUUUUGUAAUAACCCAACCUCUCACUCUUUUCCGGGUCCAGAUAGCCGCUUAGUUAUAUUAUAAUGUUAGGUAUUUCAAAAGUCAUUGGCACACAUGUUCUGCACACGUCGAAAAAUUGCGGAAAAACUUUUUUGGCCAUUUAACAAUCUGCUCUACAGUGACCUCGGAUUUCUUUAGGUUUAUGUCACUGUUUUCUUUUAAUAAAUUAAUUUUGUCACCAGUUACGUAAAAUAUUUGUCUUACGUGGGCGCUCAUACAAUUUAUCAGAGGGGAACUCAGUGGAUUUUUUUUUGCUGCUCUGUCACUUUGACCAUUUGGUGAGCUUUAAAUAUCUUGAAUACUUUUUUUUAGCAACUUAGCUUUAUUGGAACCUAAAAAUAUAUAUAUAAAUAGUUGAUGUAGGCCUAUCCAGUAAUGCUUAUAUUAAUAAAACAAUACUAUUAAGUUACUGCAACUGUGCUUAAAGGCUUAAUUCAGAUUAGUAUUUUUUAUUUUAAUAAGGUAUUGAAUUAUAAAUAUGGCAAUGUGCCACUUUUUGUAACUGCAUUUAUUUAAAAUUUUUAUAUAUGGUAGGGUGCCAUCUAUGGGGAAAAGAAGCACGCUCUUGUGGCAUGAUUUUUUACCCCAGGGGUAUUCACACCCACUGAGCUGGGCAUGCCUGUUCCACAUGGGACUGGUGAACAGCUCAUGACUUGGACAUCAUUGUGACUCCAUAAGGCAGAUGGGAAUUUAACCCGGGGCUUGUACUUUCUGAGCUGUGAUCAAGUAGUCAGCUGAGUCUGAGUGCGUACAUUGAUAUUGGGUGUGAAAACGGAAACUUUGAGUCUGCUGCAUUUGUGAGACUGUCUGUUCAACAGCUUGUACUUCAAGAAUAAAAGCUAUAGUUCUCAGACCUGCAUUUCAUUGUUUGUGUAUUUAAACUGUAAUAAGCCACGCUAACACAUGGCUACAUAAAUAUUAAUUAAUUAAGUUGUGUAAUAUUCUAAUACUGUGUGUAUUUACUUUUUGUCAGAGUCUAGUGCUAUUUAGUAUUAUAUAGGCCCUAGGCUUUAUUAUAUAACUAAAUAAAAAUGACAGUAACAAAAUAGACAUAACAGUCUAGGACUUGUUUUACUUUAGCCUAUGCAAUUUUUUUUAAAUACAUCAAAUAAAUAAACAAGACUCAGCAUCAUCAAAGUAAUUAUAUUUUUACCAUAUUAGGACAUAGAAAAACAGUUUAAAUCUACAAAUAUUUAAUAUUUCUAAUAAAAAAUUUAAAAGGAAAUGAGUUUUGCUCUACACAAAACUUGCGUAUUUUUAAAUAGAAAUAAGAAAUUGUGUCGCUUUAUGAUUGUGAUAAGUUAUUAUUUCUAGGCUCGUUGCAGAAAAAAGAAAAAUUUUAUUUUCUAAGAACUCUAUGGAAUUCCUUCCAUCGACAAUGAGGCAUGGUUAAAGGUAGCUGGCAAAGACAAAGUUUAUAAAGGAGUAAAUGUGAGAUAUAUCAAUAAGACCAAGAAGUCUGUAUAGCAGUCUACAUAGAAAAUGGCAGGCAGAACAUCCUCAUUACCUUUUUAAAAUUUAAUCACAUACCGGAACUGGUGUAUGCUCGUAUUAGUCUUGUUGGUGAUUUUAGUAGUUUUUAUUAUAAUUUCAUGCAUUCAAUUUUAUUUGAUAAAAAAAAAACUUCUUACCUUUUAUAAAUAAUAAAUAUAAUAAUUUAUUUAAUAUUUAGCUGAAGCAUAUAUUAAAAUUAAUUAAAAUAUUAAAAUAAUUAAAAUACAAUAAACAUGUUACUUUUUUUUUUGCCUUUACAAAUGAUGAUUUUUCCAGUUUUUCUUUCGUGAUUUUUUAAAAUUCUCUUGAAUAAAAUUUAACCAAAAUUCAAAGUCUUGAUGUAAUGUUGUAUUUAGAUUGUGAAUAUCUCCUGAAAAUUUGGUGCAAUUAUCUUUAAAAAUAAAAAAGUUUGGGGCAAAAUAGUGCAGAAAAAGUGGGUCACAGGUUUUUUUGGGGUAAAAUGUAGAGUUUAAAUAUGGGGCUUAAAAAUUUCAAAAAAAAAAUUCAUAACUUCACUUCUUUGAAAGAUAGAAAGAUGAAAUUUGUGUUUUUGGAAAGCUUUUAGCUAGCUCUUUAAUAUGAUACAUAUUUUAUGGCCAUCAGACAGUACCUGUAUUUAAAAAUGUAUGUCAAAAUACCACAGUGUAGACUUAUAUAACUAAGUAUUAGAACAAUAACUUUUGACCUUUUGCACAUACAAUAUUCAAUAACUUUUAGUACAAGUGAGACAGACAAUCUAUAAACUAUAAAUCUGGAGAGAAAAAAAUUAGUUAAGCAACUCAAAAUAUGUAGUUUAAAAUUAUUGAACUAAUAUAUGAUAAAAAAAAUAAAGAAAGACUCCUUGAAGAAAAAAAAAAUGUACUUUGAACUUUGUAGCUUAUCAUUUCGUCUUAAGUAUGUCAGAUAGUUUGUGAGACUUAUUUUUGUGUACUUGGGUUAUCAGAAGUUUUAUCAAUGUUUUAACAAAGGACCAUCUAUAAAUAAAACAUAUCACUUAAGCAAUGACUUGUCAAAUUGUCAUCUUGAGUGAUUGAAUAGAAUAUUAAAAUCAAUCUACAGUGGAAAAAAAAAUUACUAUUAAAUCAAUUUUUCUCCUAAGUUAUGCAUAAUAGACAAAACUUAAGUCAUUAAUACUUUUAUCAAUUAUAAUAAAGAAUAUUUGCUCAAUCAUUCAUCAGUUUUAAAAAAAUGGAUUUGUAACUCUGUUAUACCUAAACUAUAUAGACUUAGUAUUUAAAAAAUCAUCUUAACUCUUACAUGCCAACCUCCUGAGUCUAAAUAAUUACACUGCACCCCCACUCCCACCCCCAACUUACUCUCCCAUCAACUUUUACACAAUAAGAAAAGAACAUUUUAAUGUUUUUCUUUAUCAACUUUUCUAUAUUCACAAUGACUGAGCUAUCCUUGCUUUUUUUUUUGGUGAUGUAUGAAUGAGUUGGUUUUUUAAAAAUAUAAAACAACUGCCUAUGCAAACUGUCUCUUUUUAAAAUCAAUGUUAUGGGGCCUGUUUUGACUCUUUGAAACAUUUGAGUAAAGGUCUUUCACUGUCAUUAAUUGCUAAUAGCAAUAGAGGCCUUAGAGAAUAAGAAUGAUUAGUUAUCUCAAUUUGCCAAAAUUAAUUUAUAAAUAAUAUUACACAAUAUUUUUUAUGUAUAAUAUUUCUGAGAAGAUUUAUGCUAAAUGUCUAGAUUUUAAAAGCAAACAUGGGGAUGUAGACCUUGAUAACCUUAUGGUAUACAUAAUUAUUAUCUUGUUUAUAUUAAUCCCAAAAGAAUAUCCCCUUCUAUUAUGAUUUUUUUUUUUUUAAAGUAUUUAUUUGCAAAGGUUAAAUUCAUCUUUUUAUUUUCAUAACCUGCUCCUGAAAAUUAUGGUUGAAAAAUUUUGAUUCACCUUCAAAGCACUGUAAGUUUUUAUUUUUUUAUGAUAGUUUAAGUUUAAAUACCAUAGUUCAAUUCUAAAUUAAUCAUAUUUGAAUUCUAAAUUAAUCAUAUUUGUUAUGCAAUGUUUUUGUAUGUUUAAAGCUCUUUAGAAAACUGAUAACUUGAAUACUUUUCUGCUUCUUUUGUUAUUUUUUUUCCAAUAAUUUUCUUGCCUCCUAAAAUUUGUACCAUUAAUGUAAUUAAAAUAACAUUUAAAAAAAAAAAUGAAGUCAGAAUUAAUAAUGGAAUGAUUUUCUUGUUUUUUUUUCAGCAUUUUUGGGGUCCAGGUAAGCAUCUAGAUCUUCCUGUUUUUAUUAAGAAAGCUUUUAAUUAUAGCGAAAAAACUACCAAUCAUCUUUUCUUUAAAAAAAAAAGAUGCUUUGCAAUUUUUAACUUUAAAGCAUGUCAGCUGUUUUUUUGUUUUUGUUUUUUUGUUUUUUUAAUUCUUUGUAGAAACAUGUUUUGUAAACAUACGUUAAAAGUUAUAAGUAUUUAAAUUAGCCUACACAGACCUGUUUACUCUUACGAUUUUGGCGUACAAUGUAUGAUUUUUAGAUGUCUUUUACGAUUGUACGCCAAGACCCGCCAAAACUACGAUUUUCAGAGACCCGGUGGAAAAAUUUUUUUCCCCCAUUUAAAAAAAAUUAAUAAAUUUUCGGGUUUGGGCAUUUUAGCCCUCUCUAAUGAAGAUCUCGCAGUGAAUAUGAAGAGAAAAACGAUUGGUUAUAUUUUUUUUUUUUUUAAAGUUUGGACCAUCCUUACUAUAUUUCGAAAGCACUCAUGGGGACUGGGGAGGUGGGGUUGUUGAUUACUGAAAUUGUGGCAUAGGAGAAAGGCAUGGGUAGGGGAUUGGUGGGAGUGUCAAAGGAUAUAAAUAAAUAACCGCGAUGUAUGGUAUUGACAGGAUCACAGUUAACUAGCUGGCUGAGUCAACAAUAAUAUUUUGAUUUGUCGCCCAGCCACAACUUCACUCACCAUUGCCUUUGACUGCUAGCAAGCUUGUGACAUAGUUUUGUUACAUAAUUAUUUUGUUCCUCAGAACCGUGGGGAUUGUAAAAAUAGAGAUGGUUUUUAAAAUAAAAUAGAUUAUCCUACUGUUCUGCAGUGGUGCGUUGGAUUUUGGCAUAUUUUAUAAGAUCCAGUCAGCGACAUUUACAAAAUAUUUUCAUAACUGGCAAAUCAGCUCUACGCCUUCAACAAUUUUAAUACAACAGUUUAGUAUCACUACCAGGGUUUCUUUCAGCUAUAUCUCGGGGGGGCACUGCCUCUCUCCCGGGUUCAGCGGCUCUUUAGCGAUCUGAGUGCUGCUCGGUCAGCCAACCACAAACGGUUUUGACUCCCCAAAACAUGGUUCUUGGCAGGUUCUUGAAAAAGAAUUUGGCUCUCAAACAAAUUUUAAUCGCCCUGCUGGUGUUUUUUUUUUUUUUUUUUUUGGCUCUUUUGACUAAUGAGUUUGCCCUGCACCACUGGACUAAAGCGUGUUAACGGAACAAAUCAGGCGCCUUUUGGGUAGGCGACGGCACAGUUUUUUCCCAGUAAUGAGGGUGGGGGAUGGUUGGAAACAAUUACGUCACAGCACGGAAAGACGUGAUGUCACCAUAUUACUACUACAGUGAUUUCUUGAUGAAAACACAAAGCAUUAGUAAACGAUAACUGCGAAACACUGUGGUGAUGUUUUAUAGCCUUAAUAAUAAUAAUUAAUAAUGGGCCUAAUUGGAAUUCAUGGCCUUCACAGAUUUUCAGGUGACAGUUGGCUCCAUAAGAGACUGUCAGGAUAAUCAUUGAAGAAUUCAUGCAUAAAUGUAGGUGCAGUCUGCCCCCCCCCCCACCCCCACCCACCCCACUUUUCCCAUCAAAGCUGCCAUGCGCAUCCUCAGCGUGUACGUAGUAGUUGGAUAGCUUUACGUUGACAAGGUGGGGAGGGGGGUUAUGAAUAUUUUUUACAUUUCAUUUUGCCUACCGAAUGUUAUAUAUGGAUGUCCAAACAGCCCUGGCGUACGAAGUGGGCUCCAUAGACGGAUGUGCACAUUGCGUUAUUUUAAUGUUACCAUCAAUGCAAUCGGCGAGCCUUUUUGUUUUUGUUACCGUAGUUGAGCAUGCACAAUACAUUACGAUAUGGCAUCGACAAAAUGAAAGGCACGCGAAACUGAUGAUGAAGAAGGAACUUCAACUUAACAUCGGAUUCAGCAAAAAGAAAGUUUAUUCGCUGAUAUCCUAUCUUGAAUAUCAGACAAAAUUGACUGAGUUGCGUUCUUCAAAUAAGGGUCCAUCAGCCGCAAACUGCACAGUCGGACUUUUCAUUAGCAAUCAAUCAGAGAUAAAAGGAGUAGUGUUGAUUUAAGAGAUUGUGUGCAUGGCGCCGGUCCAAGUUUUUAAAUUUAUAUACUCAACACCGCCAGAUUUGGGGGGGGGGGGGGGGGGGGGGGGGGGGGGGGGGGGGGGGGGGGUGUCCUCGGCCAGAAAGUAUGUGCGUUUAAAAAAAAAAAUUCUACAAUAUUCGUCCUGUAAGUCCAAAAAUAACAUAUUUAUAUCUCGAAUGCUGUAAAAUACCAGCCAAUGUGUAGUACGAAUUAUCGUCGUGAUGUUGUCAAGGUGUAUUUUCACAGAUGAACUCCUAAGCUAUACUCAAUAGUAGAAGAAUUACAGUAGGGUGAUGUUAAGUCCACCCAAUGUUCAACGCGCGCAUGACGUAUAUUUCGUUGGGCUUACGCCAGUGGUUCUAAAAUAUUUGUUUGUCGGCGCCUGUGCAAUAUUAGGUUUUCACCAGGCGCCUUGUGUGACAUUCUAACAAGUGCACUUGGACAUAGCGAAUACCAAAAUAAAAAAAAGGGUGGGAUAAAAAUAAAUAUAACACGUAUGUAGGUCACUGAGUGCCAUCUGUAGUUGCAAACUCAAGCGGUUAACUGGACCGAAAGAUGUCACAUUGGAUUAAAAGUACAAAUAAAAUUAUGAAAUUUUUCUUUAAUAUUUCGCAACGCCCCUGUGAGGAAGCUGCAGCAGCCCAUAUAGAAAAUUUGCACCCUUAUUUAAAAGGACAAUUUAUUGCGCCCUUAAUCUGUGUGUAAAUGUUUUUUUUUAUAGUUGAAUUGACUGUUUAAGUGUCUGUCUAUAGACGAUUUUCAUGCGGUUGCUCUUCGUUAUAUUCUAAUGGCCCUGCCAAAGGGCAGCGAGCAACCAGGGCGAUGUAGUCCGAUGAAGCAUAUAUUCUGUGAACCACUGGGCUGGACGAAUCACCAGUGGUGAAAACCCGUGUCACAUUUUGUUUACUGUAACAUAAUAUAUAAUGAACUUUGCUAAUUUUUUAUUGUAAUUGAGGAAAAGAGGGGGGGGGUCGUAAAAACGUCUCCGUGCAACGGAAAAGGGGGGGGGGUUACAUAAUUAGUCUUUAUUGCGUUACUGUUUUAUUUAUUUACUAUAGAGAUAUUGCAUUGUACGAUUUGAGACCAGAUUGUACGAUUUUAGGGGUUUGAGGGUAAACAGGUCUGCCUACAUGUUUUUUAUUUUUUAAUUAUUUUUUUAAAUGAAAGCAAUAAACCAUCAUUAGAAAUUUCUUUUCAUACAAAAAUGCAGUUGCAAACUGGGGCUUGCCAUUAGCUGCACUCGGUGACUUGAAAAAGAACCCAGAAAUUAUAAGUGGAAAAAUGACCCUAGGUAAGUAGUAACAUUUAAGUUACAGCUUUCUGAAGCAAAAUUUUGCUGUCCAGGCUAGCUCUGUAACUUUGAGACGCAUACAAAGCUCUAUUAUUUUGCACAUUUUUGUACAUGUAUUUUUCAAGCAUUUUCAUUCUGCUUAGCAAUAUGAGUUAUUGAAAGUUGAGCUGUACAUAAAAGUACUAAAGUAAAACUAUAGUCAAUUAAUAUCAAUAUUUACAAAUGCUGUAAAUAACAAGAAAAUAGCAUUACUAGCAGGCAAACGUUGCUUUUUAAAAUAUACACAAUUACAUAUGUGCUGGUAAAGACCUGUAAAAAUGACUGUACUGGUAAGAGAAACAUGUACGGAUGGAGAAGCCGCUCUGAUUUUUUGGGGUCUCUUUCUGCUCAUAGUAAAGUCUAUGCAAUGUUAAAGGAAUUGUGUAAACUUUGGGGCACAGUGAAAGGAAGCAAAGUCUGUUGUCUUGUAUCCAUAGUAAAAUAUGUAGUCAUUUCUUUAUUAAAUAAUAGACCUCAUUGACUAAAUUAACUAUUUGCUUUGUAAAGUUUGGAAUCAACAUAAUAAUAAUAAUAUUGUUGAAUGAUGGGAAGUUUAAUUAAUUUAUCAUAAUCAUUCAUUUAUAAACCCAUACCGGGUAUAUUAAUAUAUGCUUAUGCACAUGAUCUAAAUUAUUAUGUGCACUUUAUCUAUUGUUAAAGUAUAAUUAAAUCAUACCAAUUGCAUAGUUUAAAUUAGUAGUUUUAAAACCUCAUAAGAGUGCUAAAAAGUGCAAACUUCGUUGUUGGUGUUUAUUCCUCAGCACUCUCGAUCUACUCAUGCUUAUUCAUGAGGUUUGCUUGGAAGGUUAUACCUCGGAAUCUUUUGCUUCUAUCAUGCCAUAUGACAAAUGAGGUUGCACAGCUUACUCAGGGAGCCAGGUUCAUUAACUAUCAGUAAGUGUAUUAGUAAUAAUUUUUAAAAAAACUCUCUUUUACGCACUUUCCCCUAGACCAGUGGCCAUCCACUUUGGUAUUAUUGUGUCAAAGUGAGAUCUCCACUUCAUUCAAUGUGCCAAUGACCUUAUUCUCUACUGUAUAAAGAUGCCUUUUUAAGUCAUUUAUUAUUAUUUUUGGUCUUCAGCAUGUCAUUGAAAAAGUCUCUGCUUGCCACAUCAGGCUUGCCAACUCCUGCCCUAGACUAUUAAAAUCACUCACUCAUUUUAUCACAUCAUUCUCUAAUCCACAGCUAUGUCAUGACAGAUGAGCAAAGAAAGAAGUACCAUGCUGAGUUUGUCGAUGAGGAGCUCCACAAGCACCCAGAGGACUUCCCUAAGGCUCAUCCCAUUCUGCACCCACCACCAUACUCUGAGCUGGAAAUUCAAAAGGAAGUGGAGGAGUUUGAUAAAUAUUAUGAAGUACCAAAAGACAUGUCAAUUAAGCCAGGAAUUUAAAAACCAUUUGUAGCCUUUUAUCAAGAAUGUGGAGAGUGAACUAUAGAAUAUGUACAAGCUCUAAGUCUUGAUGAGAUGUGUUGCAGUUGAUGUUUUUAGUAGAAAUGUAUAUGCCUUGUGAGAAUAUACAAAAAAGGAUUGCCUUUUUGAUUUGAACUUUGAACUCCAGUUUUACAUUUUAAAUAAUAAGGGAAUUUUUUUUGCCUGUCUUAAUAAGUGCCAAGUUCAUAUGAAUCUGUUUUCACCACAAGUGAUUUAUAAGCGUGGCUCAAAAAUUUAAUCAAGAAUUUGAAAGAAAACUACUUGUAAAUCAUACUUGCUAAUUGUAUCUGGAUCAAGUUUUUGGUUUUAAAUUUAAUGCUUGGGUCGGUGAGAUAACUUUCAUGAACAAUUUAGCAAUCUCACCUUUCCCAUUUACAAUGAAAAGAAAUUCAUUUUUGAGAAAAAAAAAAUUUUUUUUUUAAAAUUAAAAUUUGUCAACAUGUUUCUUAGAGGUAAUCAAUAAUUUAGCUCAGAUUAAUGUUUCUUAAAGGUAAGCAAUAAUUAAACAUUUAAUUUGUUUUAAAAAAAUCAAAUUAGAGAAAGUUUAACAAAUAUUUUUCUUCACCUUAAAUGUUGUUUUCCAAUGGCAGAAUAGUAUAAAUAUACAAUAGUAAAGUGAUAAUGAUCCUUUUCAAUGUCAAUUAUUUUAUCUAACCAGAUCAUAGCGUGUUAACAAAAGAAAGAAGGAUAUCUUACUUCAAAUUUGCUUUGACAUGUUCUACCACAAUGGGAAAAGUUUGCUUAGUCAAUCAUCGCAUAGCUGUGGUUCUCACAUUUGUAUUUGUUCAUUUAGCAUUUUAAUUUUCCUUUUGAAUUUUGUGAAAAAAAAUAAUGAAAGCUCUCCGAAAAUCUAAAAAUUUGAAACACACCCAUCUUGAUCUGAAUACAAAUAAUCUUUUUUCGUCUAUUUAUAGUAUUUAAUAAAUUAAUUACACUAAUUUAUAUUACUUUAAGUACUUUAAGAGUUAUUUUUUUUAAAUGAAGAAAACUCUUGUUUUGUUUUCAUGUACCUUAUAUGGUAAAUUUACAGCCCAGAUUUGGUGAUGUUAUCGCACACUAGUUGAGAAACAGUUCUUAUUGUCAACAUUCACAUGAAAGCCUCAAAAAUUGAAAUGGGAAAAUUCUUUUUUCUUUUUUUUUUUUUUUUUUGAGAUGAAAUCAGUUUAUUUUAUAGUUGAGAAACAGUUCUUAUUGUCAACAUUCACAUGAAAGCCUCAAAAAUUGAAAUGGGAAAAUUCUUUUUUCUUUUUUUUUUUUGGAGAUGAAAUCAGUUUAUUUUUAAGCUUGACCUGAUUGAAAAUGCUAUUAAAAGUCAACUUAACUUUUUAAAAAUUGAAAAGUUAUAGGUAGCUUAAAAUAAGAUUUAAAUUAAAUCUUUAACAAAUGCAUCAUAAUUAAAUGACAAUUUCAUUGGUUUAGCUACCAAAAUAUUUCAGUUUUAGAGGUUUUCACCAUUAUAAAUUCAACAAAAUGCAUGUACUUCAUGUUUUAAAUCAACAUGGUCUAGUACAUUAGAAAUGCUCAAAUGUAUGUAUGCCAAUAUAUGCAAAUUGUUUGGUUUUUUUCUUUUAGAAAUGCUGUGAUAUAUAUAAGUAUAAGAGGACAUUUUUCACUUUAUGCCCAGGUUAUAUUUGAAAUAAUUUUUGGCAUCCAAUUUUUCAAAUUAAAUUUUCCUCCAGCAAGAAGUUAGGUCUAUAAUUUUUCAGCCUUUCUUCUACUUAGACCUGUUUGUAAUAUAUCAAACAAAAAAAGAUUUGAUGAAGAUCUUAAUUAUUUUGGUAUUGUAAGAGCUGUGAUUGAAGUUUAUGUCCAGAGCUGCAUGCACAAAUUUUCAAAAUACAUUUUUAUUUGCUUAUGAAGUUAACUUUGGCAUUUGAUUAAAACAGAUUUGUUAUGUCCCUAGACCCCCAGCUCUCUAAAUGUUAUUCACCUAUUUAUCAUGCAAUACUCAAAAUUCUCUUUAUUUUUAAAACUAUAGAAUAAUAAAAUUUGAUUGUACCAACAAUAUUAAAAUAAUGAAAUUUCAAACAAUAAUUAUUACAAUUUGGUUGUCUUUGAUGAAGUUUGACAAAUUUUUUUGAUGCACCUGACUUUGUCACAAUUUUGUUUUACCAAAUUCAGGUCAGAUUAGCUUAUAAACAGUUAAAUUAUUCAAGCAAUUUACACUUUCUAAUUUCAGUAUUUUUACAGAGUUGUUAUUUUACUUGCUCUGAGUUGAGUUCACUAAUAUUUUAAAAUGAUUCUAAGUUGUACCAGUUUUUGCUUUUUUUAUUUAUCUAUUUCAUUAGUAGUUUUAUCUAUUUUUUCAGCACAACUUAAGAAAGGUUUUUGAAACAUUUAACCGCAAAAUUUAAAUAUUAUAAACCAUCUUAGAUUUCAUUCAAUAAUGAAUUGAAUUAUGGGUGUAGCCUGAUUGAAUAUUAAUUCUCAAUUAUUUAAAUUCAUGUUUAAAUAAUUGAUAAGAAUAUGAUAAUCUCCUUAUUUUUUUAGGGAAAAAAUUACCUUGACAUUUUCUUCUGUAAUUUAGUUUACAUAUACUACAGUUUCAACCAUUUAUCACACUUUUUUGCUUUCCUUUCCUCUUACUUUAGCUAGUUUUCAGGCGUUUUGUUGAUUUUAAAUUAUUAAAUAAUUUUUUUUUUCUUUGAUAUCGCCCUACUAUUAUUUUUUCCCCAAUUAUAAGACUUGAUGACUGUAACGAUUUGGUGGUUAGUUUUGGGUUGAGCUUUACACCUUUGGAAAUGAGUCUUUUGGCUUCCAUGAAUACAACUGAUUUUACUAUCAUGUAAAAUAUGAUGGAUGACUUUUAAAAUGUCCAACUUUCUUUCCAAAUUUAUCCCCAGAAUGCCGGGUAUAUUCGUAACAUAAAAGGAUGACUUUGUUUUGGUUAGAAUAAAUAGUACAUGUUACCUGUUUUUGAGCGUGUGUGGUGUUUACUGUGUAAAACAUUUGUUUGAUUUCAUUAUACUUUAAAAAUUACUGGAUAAAUAUUUACUCUAAAUAUUUAAUUAUUAUAGCUAGCUAUUUGCUGGUUGUGCUUGGCAAGUUUUAGCAAUAAAGUAAAGAAAACAGAGAGCAACAUUGCUCUCCUAAUAACAUUAGUUGAUUUUCAAUUUGUCAAAGCCCUGCUAUUUAAAAUAACAGCUUAAUUAAUGCUAUUUAUUAUAAUUUCCCAAUGUUUGUUUAUGUAGUUUAAUAUACAUUUCAGCUAUGAUAAUGCAAAUGUAUCUUAUGUUACUCUGUUGUGAAUACAUCAUUGGCAGCGCUAAAUUGUCGUUACCAAAGGACAUAACUGAGUCUCAUCAAAAUCAUACUGUUACAAUGGUUGAAAUAAUGACCUGCUGUAGAAAAAAAAGGACAUUUUGAUUUUCAAGAUUUUGUUAUUCAAGGCAUAUGAAGCACUUAAGGCAUCCCUAUUCAUCAAAUUAAAUUUUAAAAAACUACUGUUAAUUUUAUCUGCAUUGAAACUAUGAAAAAGGACACAAGUGCUUAUUAUCAGGGACCAGUCUUACCUCAAACUUAUCAUGUAAUUUAAAUGUUAGUUGUGAGAAAUUAUCAACCCAGUUUGCCUGGAGCUGAAUCAGGUAGUUAUUAUCAUAAAGUGAGCUUCCUACUACAAAGUUGUCUUUUUUUAAACCUUUCACAAUUAUUGUGCAAAUAACUUAUUGUGAAAAUAAUAUAAAACUUAUCAUAUAAACAACAUAUAUUACAAUAACUGUAUUUAAAUUUACUUUAUUAUAUUCCCAUGGAAGGGGGUUAAUAUGGAUAGGGUUUUUUAUUAACAGGAUUAUGUCUUUAUAUGCCAUUUAAGACUUGUUUAUUUAAGAUGUAAUGUUACAUGUAUAUUCUUCUUAGUUACCGGUACAAUGUUUUGGUAAAUACACCACCAAUUAUGCUCAGCCUUGUAAUAUUUCUGUUUGGGAAAGUAGUGCUUUAUGUUAAGAAGAAAUUAGGACAUGUGUUUGAACGAAUUUCAAUGAUGGUCCAAGACUCCCAGAGUUCAUUUGAUUAUAUGUACUUAGAAUAGAUGUUUAUGGUUUACACUUGAGCUAUGCAAGUAGAGAAUGGAAGUUAGUGCAUUCCAUUAGCAAAAGGCAUGUCUUCAACUUAAUUGCUUCAGCUUUAUACAUGGAUUUUUUUAUAUUUUUUUCUAAUGCAUAGUCCCAAAUCAUACUUUGUUGUAAAUUUAAACCUAAAAAUCCAAGCUAUUCUACCACCAUUAUAUUAGGGUAUGUUUUACAAGCACCAUACAAGCGAUUUUUUCUUUUAAUGCAGGGAUAAUUAAGCAGCUAAUACAUUUGAAUGAUAAAAUAAUGCUUGUUAGCUGAGCAAGUUUCCUUAUAUCUGAUAAUACACCAAUUACAAGGCUCUAUAAUGGUUUAACGUUUUCCUAAAAAUUAAAUUAAAUUUUUUUUUCUCCAGAAUGUUGACUAGGAUGUCAAAGAACUGUUUGUAAACAUGUGAAUGAUUUAUUUGAAAUAAAUAUGUAAGGCGUAUAAACAGGAGAGUUGAUUAAAUCAGACAUGAUCAUUUAAUUUGAUAAAAUUGGUAUAAUUUGAUCUUAUGUAGAUUUGUGCUGAAAUGUAUCAGUUUAUAAAUAAGUUGUGUUUUAAACCACUUGAUUUUGUUACCAGUGUCUGUUGUGUGUGCUUUGUUUGCUUUGUUAUUGUCUCUUGAAAUGUUCAGUUUUAAUUUGAAAUAACACAGUUAAAAACCACGGCCUCUGGAUGUUGAAGUACAUUGUGGGUCUAGUCUCUUCAGAAAAAUAACAAUAUCUGCUCUCCUUUGCUAAAAAGCAAUCAACAUUCUUCAAGUGUAAUUCUUUGAAUGUCACGCUAACCAAGAUAAAAAAAUGAUUUGAUAAAGUCACAAGGCUGUAUAUUUGCUUCCUCUUCUGUAUUUGUUUAUGUUUAUUCACUGAUAUUCUAGCUUAUAUCUUACCACAGAGAACAAUUUCUUGUAAGUUGUAAUGUAAUUUCCUCAAAUAGUAUAAACAAUAUCAUGUAGUUACAGAACACUAAUGCAUCUAGUAAAUAUUAAAUAAAAAACAGAAGGAUUUUUAAGUAAAUGCAUAUUAACUUUAUUGGUGUAUCAUUAUUUUUCUCGAUUAAUUACUUUAAACAUAAUUUAAAUGAGCACAUGAUGUAGUUCAUGUCCAGCCAACUAAAGGGAGAUCCAGGGUUGUGUCACACCAAGGCCUAUGUUGGAGCCAUGUAAUUUAAUUAACAAACUAUUUGUAUGACUGUGACCAAUCUGUUAUAUUUUGGGGGUCAAGAUGUGACAUUGCCCACUUGGGACUGCAUUUUGAAGACUGUCAAAUGAAUUAGUCUUCCAGGGGCAGCAUAAUGGCUUGAUACUUCAACAAGAACACCUGAAAUUCAUGUCGGG